CCAUGAUCGGGUCCGUUGCGUCCCAUCGAAACAGGAAGUUUUCAGAGCGCACAGGCGAGCCAGUUAGCCGCGGGCUACAUGCGCGCUCUUCACGUUUCAACAAGUGAUUGGUAUGGUAUUGACUAUCCGUCAUAUGACGACAAGCUAUAAACUCCGUGACAAGUGUGAUUAUUUUAGCGGGGAUUCCGCAUAAACAGCCUGGAGAUUAGCCGACUAGCUAGCAGUUAAGCUAACAGUAAACUGGUCACGAAGCACGUAAAAUAACGUUUACUGUCAGCGUGCUUUUUCCGCAUGAUCGUCCACAUUGCGUUGCAGUGUCUUUUACCAUCAUAUCGUAUUAUCUAGCUGACCAGACGGUACCGUAACAUGAAGUUAUGGAGGAGCGUAAGCUAAAGAGAAAGAGUCCCAGGACCUCCAACAACACCGAUGCCCCGACCGGUGGCUCCGGCCGGAAGAACAACGCUUCCUCCGGGGGACGGCACGUCGGCUCCGGCCACAACGCCGGGGCUCGCUCCAGCCAGAGGAACAAAAAUAGGAGGGGAGGGAGAGACAAACCCAGGCAUCACAUGGGUGUAGGUGGCAGGUCUGCUCUGAACCAGGGCCAGGCAGCACCGAUCAUCCAGCACUCCUUUCUGACGGAUGUCUCAGAUGUUCAGGAGAUGGAGAACGGCCUCCUCAGUCUCCUCAACGACUUCCACUCAGGGAAACUACAAGCAUUUGACAACGAGUGCUCCAUUGGCCAGAUGGAGCACGUGAGAGAGAUGCAGGAGAGGCUGGCACGUUUGCACUUUGACCUCUACAACGAGGUGGACGAAAUGCCCGAGGACCAGAGGAAAGUAGCCUCCGACACCAACAUGGACAAAUUACUUCUUAAUCUUGAGGAGCUGAGUUCUUCCAUUCAGAAACUGAACCUCGCCGACUCCCAAGAGGUCCCGAGGACUGCCAGUGUGUGAUGCGUGCCACUGCAGCAGACACGGUGAAGCCAGUUCCAGGCACCUUUUCUCUUUAAGUAUUGUGGCAGUUCACCAGCGACAGUACUGCAGGACGGGUCUCCUGUAAGGCGUCACAGCAGGGAUGCACUAGAUUCACUGCAUUUACUAUUUUUAUCGUGGAAUACUGUAGAAUCUGACUAAACGGCAGGAUGACAGUAAUCAACCUCCUGAGAUAUGAUUUCUUCUGAUAAAUCAGAUACCGGGUUUUCUCACUCUCACAGUUUUAUAGAACGAGUAAUGUGAAUAAUAUUUUAGGCUACAGUACGAUGUAAUCUUUAAAAAUUUGCAAAGGUAAAGUCACGUUUUUUAAAUGGUUUAGAUGCGCAAUGCAUUACUAACCAAAGUGAUAUUGAUAUAAACCACUCACCUAGUUUUGUCCAACCAGCGAUUCUUCCUUGAAAUGAAAAUCUUCAGUGUUUAUCAGCUUGGAUUUAAGUGUGUUGACUUUGACCUUGCUCCUGUAGCUAUUCUCAGAUGUAUAUAUUUAUCAAAUCACUCUGUUGCACUUUGUCUUAAUUGUUGUCUUGGCUCAAUAAGUGUCUUUAAUGCCACAAACAAACGACCGGGGGCAAACCUAUUAAAAUAUAACGUUUAUAACAUAGAGCUACCCAAUCAUGCAUUUUAUCUUAGACAAUAAAAAAGGUUUCCUGGUGGCAUUGUAGUGAAAUUUAAACAAUAGGAGCUGCGCCGUUCGAUAAUUAGCAGCAACCCCAGUUUGUGACUUUGCAUCUCCUGCUCGAUGGGAGCGGCCAGACAUCAGCUCCAGCAGCCUGUGUUGUGCCGUGUUGAAUAUAUUUGCACAUAUCCACAGAACAUGCAAAACACAUCAUCACUAGUGUGUUGGUUUGACGCUUGAAAUGACGCUGAAAAUUGAGUGUUGACUCACAGCCAUGCCUUAAUGUUUGAUUUAAAUAUUGUUGCGUUCUACCCUUUUGAAUUGACUUGCACGGGGCAGGUUCUGUCUUAAGAUAAUAUCGGAUCAUUUGAUGCUGCUUUAAAUGUGAAUCCUACUUUAUUUUGUCACUUCGUGUUUUAACCAGUGUUGGAGUGUUUUACUAAAUGUUUGGUGGUUGUAUUUUCAUUGCCCUAAUAAACAUGUGGUCUGAAUAUACUGGCUACAGCAUUUAAGCAA